GUACGGUAGUACAGUCCCACACCACUCUCCACGCCCCACUACUCAGCCCCAGAACAGGGCAAUCAAUCAGAGCUGUUGAGCCACAAUGCCUACUUAGGUACCUAGGUAGGUACCUAUUCAGCACUUUCAACCUCGAGUUGGUAGCCGCCCCUGAGCCUUCGACGAUGGCUGCCUCCGAGGCCCAGCCCCAUCGCAGGGCGCAAAUGAUAUCGACUCGUUCACAACUCCUUCCCUUCAUGGCCACGUCAGUACAGACUACUAGGUAGAUAUAUAUAUGGAGUCCCCUUGGCUUUGCGGCGGCAUAGGGUAGCCUCUCUUAGGCCGUGAUCCGGCCUUCGUUACUUGCGUAUGUGUUAUAGCGCCAUCGUUCCGCUUCGCGAGACGCAACAGACGAAGACGUUGAGCGAAGACGAUGCCAUUCAUUCCUAAUACUCCCGAAUCAUUGAUCGGCCGGUCAGAUUCCAAGAACCCUGCUACAACCUGUCGAGGUAUCACUGCUGGUGGCCGCCCUUGUCGCCGCCCGCUCGCUGCCAGUCCCGGCGCCUCGCCUGCUGCUUCUCCUUUCGCCUCACCGAGUCGAGUAAAUUACCUUCGUGUUGACGACCCAAGCGACCCCGGUUUAUAUUGCUGGCAACACAAGGAUCAAGCGACUUCCUCUGCGAGAUCCAGUCCCGGUCCCGCAUCUCGCACCAAGCUUACCACUGUACGGCAAGAGAGCUUUGAGAGUCUCGUCGGUCGACUCGGUAUUGUCGAGGCCGAACGCAACGGCCGGGCACAACAUAAACAGCCCACGAAAUCCUCGAGACACAAGAAGAAUGAGAAGAUUUCGCAAACUGUCGACACAAGCAUCCCACAUGCCCCAAAGCAUACAAAGAAGGUACAGAAGCAGGUUGCGUUUUGCUGCUGUUUCACGAUUCCAGUGUACGAAGAAGAGCGACCUUCAAGGCCAAAACCAAGACCGAUUCAAAAUGGGUCAUCAAAGCCCAGCCCCAGCGUUGCGAAACUCCCUUCUAAUCAUCACCUGACGCCGUCUUUCACCAGCCAGCGGCCCAGCCUCGCUACGUCAAAUCAGCCAUCCGCACAAUCCGGCAUGUCGCAGACUUCCCAAUAUCUUUCUAUUAUCCCGGAUACUGUGCAGCCGGAAACUGCUGCAGAUCUCUUGAAGGAGCUUUCCAAGCCGUACGCGCAGACGGACGAGCCUGGCUAUAUCUAUAUAUUCUGGUUAACGCCCGAAUCUCAGCCGUCUACGCCUGCGGCGGAAGUGGCGAGGAACCUGCUGGCCCCCCCUACACGCCCCGAUAUGCGACAUCGCCGAACCAGCGAUGUGCUGCAGUCAUUCGCUACCCAGUCAGGCCAAGCGGGAGCAUCAAGUAAAAAGAUCCUCCUCAAGAUUGGAAGAGCUUCUAACGUUCAACGAAGAUUAAACGAAUGGCAACGGCAGUGCGGGUAUAACCUGUCGCUCAUCCGGUAUUAUCCGUAUGUAUCGUCGAAUCAGCCCUCGACACCGCGCAAGAUGCCACAUAGCCACAAAGUUGAGCGGCUGAUUCACAUUGAACUCGAAGGUCAGGGACUUAGAGUUCACAACAAGGUGAAUUGUGAUGCCUGUGGACGGAACCACAGGGAGUGGUUUGAGGUAGAGGCUACCAGGUCUGGCAUCAACAUGGUCGAUGAGAUAGUCAGACGAUGGUCAGACUGGGACGAAGGGAAACCCCAGAGGUUUCAAUGAAUGGAGCCCAUGUGUUUAUGAUGGUACGAUGUAACGAUACUGGUAUUAAUAAGACAUUGGUACUGCAAGGUAGGUGUUCAUGAGACACACAGACAUCGAUUUUCUUGUUGUUUGGUCUCAGUUGUUCUGUGAGACUUACUACCACUUCACCAAGGCCUUAAUUAAACUGCGCCCGAUUACGUCAAUGAUGGCUCCCCUUUGUACCCAUGCGUAGCUCAUAUCCGGCGGUCUGGAUCGUGGCGCGCUGGCUAUCGCCACCUUUGGUUGUUUCCAGUCCCCGGUAUAUGGGAAAGGGUUGUAUCACACGAAAAGCCAAGCAGACGUAUAACGCCAAGAUCUAAACAGCCACAAGGGUACACAAGUGUUACCACGCCUAUGUAGAGGAGAGGGGCGGGAAUAAGCUUAAUCUGAAUAGACUUGCAGUUUGCUAACCUACCUAGUUCUAUUCAUAUUCAGGUACUUAUGUAGGUAGGUAGGCAGGUAAGGCAUUUUGUGGAUAUGCACUGGAUUACGGCAAGUUGCACUGAAUCCUAGCCGUCGUCAUCGUCGACCUACCCUC